AUGCGUACAAGAGAAAUGUUAUUGUGUGCAGCGGGAAGUAUAUUCAAUGACCUCUGCAGGUGCAUGUUUUUAUUUUGUCUCCUAUUUUUCAUGGAGGUAGUGGAACUUUCAGCUGCAGACACUGGACUUAUAAUACUCAUUGGACAAAUUGUCGACUCGUUGACUUCGGUAAUCUCUGGUUACCUCGGCGAUAUGGUUAAAGUACCCGUUCUUUCACAGAAAAUUGGAAUGCGAAAAUCUUGGCAUCUCAUGGCAACGGUUUUUAUGGGCAUCGUGGUUCCUCUCUGCGUCAACCGUUGCAUUCUCUGUAGUGGAAGUCAUCAAACUUGGCUUCCCACCGUCUAUUACGGAUUCUUGUACUCACUGUAUAACAUGUGUUUCAGUGUGGUGGAGAUAAAUCACCUGGCUUUCAUCACAACUUCAGCUGUGUCGGUUGAAGAACUAACAGAUCUCAGCGCCAUCAGGUUUGCUAUGUUUAUAGUAUCAUAUUGAGUUACACUUAACUGUUCACCCAUUUUGUUUGGCUCUUGCCAAAGAUCUACUGGAGGAUAGACGUGUAGUUUACGUCGUCAUCCACACAAUUUUGCCUUUUUAUCAUCUAAAACAAACAGAUUACAUGUUGACGUGGAUUUACAGUUAAAGAUCAUAUAAUAUGUCAAAAUGUGGUAAGAACAUCAGUUAUACACCCGGCUGCGCCUCGUGUGCCGCGAGCACAUUUUGACGACACCUUUGAUCUAUAACAAAUCGGAAGCACGUCAAAAUGUAAUAAUUUGCUAAUCAGAUGAUGACGCAAAGUUUUAAUUUCAUAAACAGACUCUCCUAAACUUACUUUUCAUUACAACCCUAAUAUAAGCGUAAAUCGGUUUACUUAAGUACCAUUGCUUCUUGCUUCGUAAAAGUCAUAAGAAAUAACUCUAAUUUAAUAAAAAAACCUUCUACCUUUGCGCAAGUCUGCUCAGAGCUCCAUUUUAAGUGCUCGAAAAUGUGGAAUUAAGCUUCGUACAGAUUCAUCAGUUUUUAUCAUGCAUUCAGCCGUUGAUUGACCUUACUGGCCAUAAAAGACUGCAACUUGUAUUCCUGUGUGAGGCUUUAGGUUUCGUUUCAAUUGCUCCAAUUAUAACACCCCAUGAAGUUUCAAACAGUCAAUCACGCAGGGAUUUACUUUUGAGGUUGCAUUUAAGGACAGCAUCAAGUUAACUUGUACAUGAUUCAAGAUUCAACUAAUUUGCGAAGUUUUCAUCUAGCAUCUAAUCAUCUCUGGUUAAAAUGCAGACAAGUACAGCUAUUGUGCGCGGUAGGAAAUUUUUUCAACGACGUCUGCCGCCAGCUUAAUUUUUCAUUUAAAAGUUUUCUUUCAAAGAAUCCCGGCGGGCGAAAAUCUUGGCACCUUUUUAUAACAGUUGAGCAUUAUAAUUCCUUUUUUCUUUAACCACUGUUUUCUUUGUAAUAGAAAUCAUGGUGUGUGGCUUUCAAUUGUCUAUUGCAUCUUCUUGAUCUCGGUGUACAACAUAUGUUUGAUCAUUGUGGAGAUAAAUUACCUUUAUUACAACUGUAACUUAAUCCGUCGAGAAUGUACAGCUCUUAAUGCCAUGAAGUUUGCUUCAAGAGACUUUUUUUAAGACACAUAGUUCAUACGGCAAUCGUAUUUGUUUUAAAUAUACUUGUAUAAACUACUUGUAUAACUUUUAUAUAACCCAACUCAAGCACGGACACUCUGAGGUCAUUUUUUACUAACUUAUCUUGUAGGAAUGAUAAACGCGAUAUCUAAAAGCAAUUUUUCUUAUUCUUCUCUUUUUCAUGUUCAAAAGGACAAUGUUCAGCUUCCUAAGUGGUAUUUACAUAUACGUGAUCGCCUGGGGCCUUUUCGGACAAGACAAUACUGAUACUCUGGGACCUGAGAGCCUUCCAGAUUUUGUGGUAAAUAAAUGCGUUAAUAGUUCUAUGCUACAAUAUGCUUUGACAAAUAGGCGGAGGCUGAAUAUAAUGAAAUAAUAAUUAGCGCAAUUAAAAAACGGGUUGGAGAAAUUUGGUUUUCUCUCCCUGCGCUGCCUGGCAGCCUUUCAGCCUCUUUCCACACAUCUCUGCUGGCAUUAAAAAUAUUUUUUUUUGUCCCGAACCUUGCAACUUUCAAGAUCUGACUGUCAAUUCUCUCUUGGAGCUGCUUUACAUUUCCUUAUAAAUUAAUUUUCAGAAUUUAGUGUUGGAUCAAGAUAAAAACUUCUAUCUGAUAAGUACGACUAUUCUCAUCAGCUGUUGGCCGGAGAAUGGAUGUUUACUACAGGGAGAGGUUACAAGUUAAUCAUUUCUGGGAGUUAAAGAACUAAUAUGAUAGUUGAUUAAUUUUUUUCUAAACAGCACCUCUCGUGGAUUGCGACUGGAACAGGACUCUUCUUUGCAGCCAUCUUCCACAUUGGUACAAAGGAACCUCAAAUAUGUCAGAGUAAAGAAAACGCCACAACGGAUCUUACGGUAAGACAGGAAGCAAAAAAGAUAUUUCCUUUUCUUUUCAGAUAUAGGUCAUACAAAAGCUUAUUUUUGCGUUCGGAAAGCAGACAACACCAUGGAGCUAAUAGCGGCGCGCUUGUGCGAUUGUUUCUUCGUUCUUCAUUUGAUUUAUCUACAAGAGGUCUAUUAAUCUGAACGGGUCUUGAAGUUACAUUGCGUGACCAAAGGGAUAGAGGUAUGGUCUACACAUUAUCUAUAGCAACCCAUAAUCCACUCCGGCCACUUUCCCGUUAUUUUGCAGAAAGCUCCUGGAAAAUUCAUUGAAGAGUUUGGACCCGAAAAUGCAAGUAAGUCUAUGUAUAUGUACUGUGGUGUAUUAUUUUAAAAACCGUCGUUGUUUCUAUUAAAAUUGCAGAUGUAACAUCCUCUGCCACAUCAAACAAAGAUGAAAACGCCACUCGUCCUCAUCUUAAGGGGAAUAGGUCUUAUUUUUGCAUGGAGCUUCUUAAUAUCUGGUGUAUUGUUGCCUCGGUAUUUUUGAGAAUCUAUUAACCAUGACUGUGUGCAGGCAUUCCACAAGUUUGAUACAGGUGGUCCCAUCUAGAAAUGUUUAGACAACGUCUUCUUUAAAGCAAAAUAUCUAGUUCAGAAGCGCAUGUCAAUUGGAGAUUAAGAUUAGUGGUCACAGUAAGGAUAUCCAACCCUCAAGCUCUCUUCAGUUAUUUCUAGACUGCAUUCCGCUAAGAAGCUAAAUGUCGACUACGUUAGUAGCUCGAGUUUUACUUCGAAGAACCAGCCGAGUAGAUGGCUAGGAUGGGGCAAAGAAUUUCAUCCGUCAACCUAGCCUUCUAAGGAUCGUCUUUUGGACAACUUUACUAUAACUUUUUUUCCAGCGCAGCGCAAAACCUUUAGCUUAGCUUGGGUUACUCAGAUUUUUCACUUACAAGUUCCAACGGGGAGAGAAGUAUAACAAAAAACAACGAGAAGAAGUCCAGAUAUCCCGUGUUAUAAAAAUAUUAUUGAGAUCAUUUUGAGGGAAUAAAUAUUAAUAGUUGAUCCGACAAAGAGUUAAGACAUGUUCCUAAAGGUGACAUGAUUUAGUUCUAUCGUUGAGCUGAGACAGAAAAAACAGACGUUCGUUAAUUGCUUGUUUUGUUUUUUUUUUGCUCAAGAUUCUAGACGGACCAGUCUUGCUUUUAAGUUUACUAACAUGGUUAUGGCUUCAACUGAAUAUGAAGAACAUCAAAAUGAGAUGGACGGAUGUGGAGAAACCAAAAGCCAUGAAGUGCGUGUCAGAAAACGAAGUCUUCUGCAGAAGUUUGCUGUUGCUAUGUUUGCCGACGGGAAAACUGAUCUAGAAGUACAGCAUUUUGAUAAUGAACGCAAGAAGAGUCUACGAACGCUUGAUUUUGACGACAUCCUGUUGAGACUACAACACGAAGAGCACGAACAACCAACAUGUUUUGGUGCCAUGGAAAACCAAGUUAAAAUGGACGGUAUAGACGAUGAUCAUGCAACUGAUGAAGAGUCGUGGAACGCCAAGCAAGAAGAGAUCAAAAACAUUACUGAUAAAGAUAUGUGGAAAAUGACCAACAGCGUGGCCCCCAAGACAUCUUUUUGUACCGUAUUUAAGCAAAGAAAACAUGGAAUGGUGCUCUUUCCGGAUGAUUGUAAAUUUGGUCUCUCUAACUCUGGAUUUGAAGAUGAUGGAGGUGAUGAUGAUAAGAAGGAAAGCCUUCGCGGUACAUCAAUUAAGAAGCAAAAAAAGUCUGUGACUUUCGAUCCUUCUGGAUUUCUGGAAAUGCCGUCAAUGAAUGGAACAGAACGACAUGGAUUAAAUCUCGAUCACAAGCCUGACAACAAAACGAUUCUGGAUGAAAGUACGCAAGAUUUUCCAAAACGACACGUCAGAAAAAUCGAAAGAAUAGAAGGUUGCGAUGGCACAAAUAAUUCGUUAACUUCAGCGGAUAACCUUGAUCUUCAUGGUAUCCCUGUUCAAUCGACAAGUUCUACAUCUGAGGGAAGACGUCCAAAAGGAAUCAAAAACUGGCUAAAAGAUCCAAACGUGUACACGGUAAACCCUCGUGUUUCCAACUAUCCUUGUUUGUUGAUUUAGUUGACUCCCUGUGAUGUUUUUCUCGUGUUUUAAUUUUCAGUUAGCCAUUAUCUUUACAUGUACACGCCUUGCGGAGGACUCUGUAUACAGCUAUUUACCGCUAUUCCUCACAGAGAGAUUAUCAUUUCCCAAGGUAUAGUUCAAUCUAAAGUGCUCAAUUGUUUUCAAACUCUUUCAUUAUUAUAAUAAUCUCAUCCUACUUUUGUUCUGAAUCAGGCAGCUACCGCUUAUUUUCCACUCGUCCUCUUAACCAGUGGCUCUCUAGCGAGUUCAACGUGUAAGAAACUGAAAGGGAAAAUUGGAAGUAAGGUAAGACCUAGAUUAACAGCUUCUUCUAACUGGUCACUCCACCUUUAUGAUAGUGGAAAUGCAUUGAUUGCGCCAAACGUCGGCUUAUCUACUCGUUGAUAAUGAUUGGCUGAGAGGGGCAAUAAAUCAACGAUCAUCUCAAUGGCUUUAUUUAACUUAAUGGACAAAUGAACCAUCUUUUCUCAAGUAAAGGUAGUCAGAAGUUCGAUUCCUCAAAGGAUUCUCAGACCUUUUCUUCGUUUCUUGCUUGUUACAGAACCAAUAACAACUUUAUUUGUUAAAUUAGUCUUAGUAACUUUCAUACUUUCAUUGAUAUGUACAUCAUAUUGGAGUCGUUUCUUUAAAAUUGCAAAUCUAAUGUCUUUUCCCACAUCAAACUGAACGACAAAAAUGAAAAACGCAAAAACGUAUUGUUGUCUCGGUAUUUUUGAGAAUCUAUAAACCAUGCUGUGUGCAGGCAUGCCACAAGUUUGAUACAGGUGGUCCAAUCUGGAGACAGCACCAAUUUUGCUCGAAAUGUUUAGACAACGUGCUCUUUAAAGCAAAAUAUCUAGUUCAGAAGCGCAUGUCAAAUGGAGAUUAAGAUUAGUGGUCACAGCAAGGAUAUCCAACCCUCAAACUCUCCUCGGUUAUUUCUAGACUGCAUUCCGCCAAGAGGCUAAAUGUCGACUACGUUAGUAGCUUGAGUUUUACUUCGAAGAACCAGCCAAAUAGAUGGCGAGGAUAAGGCAGGGAAUUUCAUCCGUCAACCCCGCCUUCUAAGGAUCGUCUCUUUAGGCAACUUUACCAUAACUUUUUUUUCAGCGCAGCACAAAAGGAUUCUCAGAUCUUUUCUUUGUGUCUUGCUUGUUACAGAACCAAGAACAACUUUAUUUGUUAAAUUAGUCUUAGUAACUUUCAUACCUUCAUUGAUAUGCACAUCUAGUGGAGCUACCUUCUGGCAAGCUUAUUAGUGAUGGGUGGUGCUGUUUGGAGCUAUUUUCAAACCUUCUCCACCAGACAAUCAACUUAUGCACCAGUGGUUAUGAUAGGAAGUGGUCUGUCCAUUAUGUACGUCAUGGCACUGGUCUUCAUUACCGAGCUGAUCGGGGAAAAUAAGGUUAGUGUUUCGAAACAAGUUUUAAUGGUUUCGAUUUCCAACCAGCCAUUUUUGAAAUUGAAAUGACGUGGAAUUUCUUUUGAAUGUUGCAAAACAAAAUCCAAACUCAUCCCAACUCUUUGUCAGAACGAAAUAAAACUCUUACAAGGAGCUAAUGGGAAUUUGUAGUAAAUACAGUUCGAUUGCCUGAAGUUUGGGAAACUCCGAGUUACAUCUGAUCGGUUGAGAGAUUGUUGCGAGUUUUCCAGUCACAGAGGGUACUGAAAAAGAACCGUUUCAGUCGCGGACUAGUUCCGAAACUUGAUUAACACCAUGAUCAGUGUGCGUAUUUUCCAGAGUGCUCUCUAUAUAUUUACCAUAAAACUAACAAGGAGAAUUUUUCUGAAAAUCAAGACCUUCAUUUUGAUUGGCGAUCAUUUACCAUUUUCUCUCUUGAAGUAAAUGUUUGAUUCAGCAGUGACACUGGGAGGAGAAAUUAAAGACCUGUUGGUCUUAGGCCUGGGGGUAAAGAGUUAAAAAUUACGUAAAUGUUAGUACUAAUGUUGGUUUCCCAUCUGAGAUCAAUGAGUUAAUACGGGAAUUUCCUGUCAGGAAACCAGUGGAUCAGUGUUUUCCAUUAUCACUGUAAUCGCCAGAGUCUCAAGCGGUGUACUUAUCAUUGGUAUACAGGAAUUUUAUCCGGAAGAAAGGUUGGUCUAUCAAAUCUUUAUUGUAAUGUACCUUGGAAGGAACAAGAAACAUGCUAUAUAAAACGUUUAGAUGACCAGCCGAUUUGUUCAAACUCGAAAAGUAUAUUCAACAUGUUUGUCUUUACCAGCUUGACCAGGCCAUCCUUGACAAUUUGAAAUUUUAACAACAGUUUUAAAAUUAUGCACGAUUUAGUAAACUCCUCAAUUCCUCUAUUCAAUUUAGAAUCAGCUCCAAUGGGGCGGUUAGCAACUACAUACGGCAUGUGUUUGUAAUGGCGCCUGGAGUAUUAACUCUGGUGGGAUUCUUGCUGGUUUUGUUUUUCCAACCAUUUAACUUUAUCUGCAAAAGUAAAGGUAAGUACAUUGUCAAGCUGUUAGACGUCUAUAACUUGCGUAACGUAUGGAGAAUCACUGCAAAUACUCUGAACUACCCUCUGACGCAAUGGUAUCAAGCGUUCCUUUGUUGAAAUUAGUAAUCUCAUUAAAUGACACAAGCCUGUGUAAAUGCAUUUACCUCGUGAUGGUUCUGCGUCUAUGUAGUACUGCCGGUUUUAUACUUAGAUUUUCAGGUUUGUUAGUCAGUAUUACAUGCGGUUGUCUUUGUUGUCAAGGAAAACUUCCUCUGUCAAUUUAUUCCUCUAGCUUUAGAAGAUGUUGAGGCUCUACAGGGCCAAUCGUCGUUUGAUGUUCCACGUCCAUCGGGAGUCAAAGCAACGUCAAACCACAGCUUGGAUGAUAGUCACAAUACCUCCAUCGUGGUGGGGGAUUCUUGUUCUGGGGACUCAAAACUUUGAAUUCUUUGAAAAUUGCAUUAUGUGUAGAGGCUCCGUCGACCUACUAAAAGGUCAUUGCACAGAUAGGCCCAAGAUUUGGGCCUGCACGAUUUGACUGCUAAUUGUUUCAUUUUCAACAAUCAAGUUAAAAUCAAAGAGAUAGUAUAGUUCGUUUUCUGUCUGUUCUUGUUUAGAUUUUAGGAAAAACCCUUUCACAUGAAAAGUUUUGUGAUCGUAGAAUUCCGUAAAAUAAAAGCAGACAAGUCGUAAAGACCUUUCGCACCAAGAUGAACAAGAGUCUACUUUUGCUAAAUUUUAGAUAAAUAGUUAUCUUGUUGUUUAAUAAUAGUAAUAAGAAUAGCAUAGUAUUUUAAUUGAAAAUGAGUCCAUCAAUGUUCAAAAUUGUUUAGAUCUUCUUGAUUUCUAUUGAUAGCUCAAAGUUUUCCUCGAACUUCGCGCUCAGAAAACUGUUCACAUCUCGGAAUAAAUAAUGUGAACCGUUUAGAUCAAUGGUGGACAAUGCAAGCAGAAGUUUUCAUAGAUUAUAGUUACAUGUAUUAUGAUAUUUUUGAUUUUGAAUAACUGGUAUGAUCAUGUUCGCAGUCCUAAUUAUGCUUGAAACUAACUAAGGAGGACAAGGAGGGUAGGAAGGGUUAAAAGGAAGGGAAGGGGGUGGGGAAGGCUCCUUGUUCAGACUUCGAAAUAAGGUUGUUCAGAGUCAAUAUCUAGACCAGCAUAUUCCUUACAUAAAAAAUGUAACAAGAAGUAGAUGAGAUGUAAACUGACGAGUCUUUAAUUAAGAUUUCAGUGAAAAAUAAAAGUUAACCGUGGAAAUACUAAGUCUAUUGCAGACUGAAAUGUAAAAAAAAUAUUACAGUUUACACCCUCUGAUCGUACCCAGCUUGUUCCUUUCUCCUCAUUUUAGUUUAAGUGUUUUGAAAUUCAAUUUCUUACGUUAGGGUAAAAAAGUUUCUUUGGUUAUUAUUUUAAUAAAAACAUCAGACUUCGAACGAAAACAGGUUGGUAGUAUUGGUGUUUGUUGUUAUUCAGCUGGUGUUCACCACGAGGGUCACGCUCAAUUAGCUACUUUACACGUGAAAUUGCGUGACAACACGUGUUCAGUAAACAAAGUCACUAUCCGACAAUGCUGACAUCGACCCUUGAAACAUUUGAUACCUAAAUCGUGUGCUUAUCGUCAAAUGACACUCCAGCCCAUGUAACUUACUUUACCUCCGUAUGUUUUGAUGAGAAACAGGAAAAUUAUACUCAGGGUUGUUUGAAAGGACGACUGUUUUUGAAGAAGGCUGGAUGACAGUUGGAGAGACCUUCCUUACGAUUGAGUUACAAUUAAGGGUAGUGCGUUUCUUUUAACACCGGAAAUAAAGACAGCCAUUGCGAUACUUCAUUUGGACGUCCUCAGUUUUCAACAGGAUAAGGCAAUCUUAGGUAGGUGUUUCCAUUCGCUUUGACGGAGGGCUAACACUCGAAAAGUCAGCUUUGAAACUCUCUAACGUGUCCAGUUCACAUUAUCAACUCAGUUAUAAAUAAAACCAAGUAAUAUAUGUUAAAAUACGUCUUUGUUUGUUCCAGGUGAACGAACCUGAGAGAGCUUCAAGCUAGCUAAUUUGAGCAUGCGUAGUAAGAGUACGGCCGAGUACGAUUCGCUCCGACGAAUGGUUAACUCUCGAAAAGUCAGCUUUGAAACUCUCUAACGUAGCCAAUUUGCAUUAUCAAUUCAGUAGAUAAAACCAAAUUAUCUCAACAUACGUGCUUGUUUGUUUGUUCCAGGUGAUCGAACCUGACAGAGCUUCAAGCUAGCUAAUUUGAGCACGCGUAGUAAGAGUUAUGCCGAGUGCGAUUCGCUCUGACGAAGGGUUAACACUCGAAACGUCAGCUUUGAAACUCUCUACCGUGGUCAAUUUACAUUAUCAACUCAGUCAUAAAUAAAUCCAAAUUAUCUUAAUGUACGUGCUUGUUUGUUCCUUCCGGAUGAUCGAACCUGACAGAGCUUGAGGCUCGCUAGUUUGAACAUGCGUUGUAAGAGUACGGCUGAGGACGAAUGAAGGAAUCAGGGCCUUUUGUCUCCAAUGGUUUUCUAUUUUCUCCUUUGUUGAAACGUUUCGAUUCUAUGGUUGAGUGGUAUCAAAUUUAGUCGCAAGAAAAAUGGGUUGCUUUCUCUUUUAAUGUACGUGGACAUUAAAAGCACCGCAAAAAUUCAAGAACUUUCCAACUUGUUGACCUAGCUAGUUACGAGCCAUGGAGUGUCUGGUUGUUCCGAUUAACCAUACCUGACUGGGUUUCAGAGAGCCUAAUUGCCUAGUUGCCUAGUCCCCCAAGCCUAAUUGACUUGACUGAGUAAAUCUGUCAGACUGAAUAUGUUCAUGAAUACGUUUGCACUGGACAGGAUACGUGACCCAAGUAAAGAAAAUCUGCCAAACCUUACAGUAAACUUAUAGUUCAAUUGCUGAAAAAAAAAAUAUACAUAUACUUUCCGAAAUUUCUUAUUUGUUACGACACUGGUACAUUGCAUAGACAGGUCGGAAAGUUGUCUUGCCUUAGCAAUUUUUCGAGUGCAGGCCACUGAAAAGACACUUUCCAGCCGAGCUUUCGUUAUUACGGUCAAUUUACCUGGCUCUCUUUUUUCUGUAUUGAUUUCGCUUAGAGAUCUCGAACCGUAUUUCAAGGGUUCAAAUAUUGUGAACCAGCAGACAGAGUAUGCAGAAUAAAUGCGUAUACUAUAUUCACUUUGAAAAUCCCUGGUGAUUCCUGCAAUCUGACUGGGGUCACGAAUCGCACCAUUUCUUUUCUCUAAAUCGCAUGCAUUUCCUAGCCAAUGCAAAAUAAACACUAAAACAUAAUAAUCAAUCUAAAUUUCCCCAGAACCUUUCUUUUUUUUUCCAUAAUAGAACAGCACUCUGUAAAUUUCUAAUGUCGGUGUAGUUACUUAACAACCGCGCGACAAGAGCAAUUUAUAAAUUGAUGGCUGCAAUGCAAAUUUAUUGAAUUGAUGAGAACUCUAAAUAUGAAUUCAAUUUCAUGUUCACUUUGCACAGAAAAGUGCCCUAUAGGCUCGAGUUCACCCUUAAAAUUUUUUCAUCAGCUUUCAACUUUUUAAAAUCUACUAUAUUCUGAUGUACCCAAUUUCCUACUCUCGAUUCAAAUUAGCUCAAGCGAGGCUGUUGGCAAAUACGUGCAAAAUGCCUAAGCAAUGACAUUUGAAGUAUUCUGUUUGAUGGAAUUCCUAUUGGUUUUGCCUCUCCAACCGUCAAAAGUUUGCUUCCAAACGAAAGGUAACAACGUUGAUUUAAAUCUUAAUUCACAUGCCCGUCUAGCAUACUGGUAAUUACGCAGAAUGAUUGAAUAUACACAGACUCCUCUCCAAGCGAAUGGUCACAAAAAUUUAUUCUUUCACGCAAGAUACCGUAUACCCACGCAAAAACUUUCUCCGCUUUUUGUUCUAAUUCCUCUACUUUUGAAAGUAAGUUUGGAGUGUUAUUUCAUAUAUUGUUGUAUGCAACUAAAUGCAAAAUGUGUCAGCAAUGACGUCUGAAGUAUUCUGUUUGGUUUUACGCAAGAAACCGUAUACCGACGCAGAGACUUUCUCUACUUUUUGUUCUAAUUCCUCUGCUUUUGAUAAUAGAUUUGGAGCGUUAUUUCAUAUAUUGUUGUAUGCCCUCCAUUGCAUAACCUUUACGUGUGCCAUUUCUCGUGUGCAGACGCACAGGAUGUUGAGGCUCAAGCAGAUCAAUCAUCGUUUGAUGUUCCACUUCCUCAGCUUCUCUUCGAAACAAAGCAACGCCAAAGGUGUGAUUAGAUGCAAAUCAAAACUCUUCCGUCGCCGCGGUUCAUUGUUUUCCUGAGGACACAAAUCUAUAAUUUCUUUUCAGAAGUAUAAUAUGCGUGGGUUUUGUUGCAUAAAACCAUACACAAGAUUAUUGUAGAGCUACGUUAAUGGUUACGGGAUGUUUUAGUUCUGAGACAGCAGUAUCUUUACUAAUGGAGACCUCAGACAAUGGUUGCUCGAAUAGAACUACCUUGUCUAACAAUUGUCUUUCAAGAAAGACAUAGUGCAAUUACUUGCUUGAGAUUAAAUUGCCAGCAUACGAAAGAAAGUUCAAAGUGAACAGAUGGUUUGCAACUGCAUUUCACUUCAAAUAAUUGCUUUUGCAAUCCACAACUCUAAACUAUUCUAAUUUGUAUCAAUGACUCAAAACAAGCCAAAAUUAGUCGCGUUUGAGCCUGUAAUUAUGCGGAACAUUUUAGUUUCUGCACUUUCAAUUACGUAAGGUCAGUUCGCCGGCUAUAUAAACAUGUUACUUUGAUAUCCAAGUAACGAUGAAGGAGGAGGUUAUUCAGUUCAUAUAUUUCUUCUUCCAAAGAGACGGUAAACUCAUUUCUAAUGUGAAUGUCUUAAAAGCACUACUUAAUAAUCGGCCAAAUGUAGGUCAUGGGAGGUGGCGGUGAACGAGACUUGGCAACAAUGUUUCUCAAUUAACUUCCUUUUAAUUAUGGAAAUUGCAAUAAUUAGUCUACUUAUCAUCAACCCCGAUCUUUAUCAAUUUGAUGACUCUCAAGAAUAAUAAGCUAUAGCCAAGUUCUAGCGUCAAUCUAUGGUUUAGCGAAUUCCUCUAAGCAAGGUCAAUUUAUUGUGUGUGUAAUAAGAACAAAAAAAUUACUGUGGAUACGAAUUGCACCAGACAUCGAAUUAAAUUUUUCUGCUCUUUCACAAUCUACUGUGAUAUUCAAUGGAGAAACCGAACAUUGUCUACCUUAAAAGGGUCAGUAAAACUGCCAAGAAAAGUAGCACCCAGUUAUAGUAUCUAUAAGUUUUCAAACGACGCAAAAGAUUAGCUUACUGCGUUUCGAGCUUGAUUCGUUUUAGUCAGAGUAAAAUAUUGUGAGGGCUGGGGUAGGAAACCUCACUAAGACACUGUUGAUAUGAUUGGCUCUCUGGAAAACAAAAAGCGAGCAGUGAUUGAUGCAUUAUUUUCUUAUCAAGUGGGAACGUCACACACCCAUAUAAAAAUGGUAAAAAUAGGCUUCCCAUAGAAUCGAAGCAGGUUUAAGCGGGGGAAAGAGAGUGUGGCGUGCCCAGACCAAGGAGCCUCGUUUUUACAAUGCGUACAAGAGAAAUGUUACUGUGUGCAGCGGGAAGUAUAUUCAAUGACCUCUGCAAGUACAUGUUUUCAUUUUCUCUCCUAUUUUUGAUGGAGGUAGUGGAACUUUCAGCUGUAGACACUGGACUUAUAAUACUCAUUGGACAAAUUGUUGACGCGUUGACUUCAGUAAUCUGUGGUUACCUCGGCGAUAUGGUUAAAGUACCCGUUCUUUCACAGAAAAUUGGAAUGCGAAAAUCUUGGCAUCUCCUGGCAACGGUUUUUAUGGGCAUCGUAGUUCCUCUCUGCAUCAACCGUUGCAUUCUCUGUGGUGGAAGACAUCAAACAUGGCUUCCCACCGUCUAUUAUGGUUUCUUGUACUCACUGUUUAACAUGUGUUUCAGCGUGGUGGAGAUAAAUCACCUGGCUUUCAUCACAACUACAGCUGGGUCGGUUGAGGAACGAACAGAUCUUAGCGCCAUCAGGUUUGCUAUUUAUAAAAGUAUUAAAUUAAAUUACACUCAACUGUUCACUCAUUUUGUUUGGCUCUUACCAAAGAUCUACUGGAGGACAGACGCAUAGUUUACGUUGCCAUCCGCACAAUUUUGCUUUUAUCAUCUAAAACAAACAGAUUACAUGUUGACGUGGAUUUACAGUUAAAGAUCAAAUAAUAUGUCAAAAUGUGGUAAGAACAUCAGUUAUACACUCGGCUGCGCCUCGUGUGCCACGAGCACAUUUUGACGGCACCUUUGAUCUGUAACAAAACGGAAGCACGUCAUAACGUGAUAAUUUUGCCAGACAGAUGAUGACGCAAAGUUUUUAUUUCAUAAUCAGACUCUCUUGAAGUUACUUUUCACUACAACUCUAAUGUAAGUGUAAAUCGGUUGACUUAAGUACCAUUGCCUCUUGCUUCGUAAAAGUCAGAAAAAAUAAUUUAAUGAAAAACCUUCUACCUAUGCGUAAGUCUGCUCAGAACUCCAUUUUAAUUGCUGACACAUGUGAAAUUAAGCUUCGUACAGAUUCAUCAGUUUUUAUCAUGCAUUCAGCCGUUGAUUGACCUUACUGGCCAUAAGAGACUGCAACUUGUAUUCCUGUGUGAGGCUUUAGGUUUCGUGUCAAUUGCUCCAAUUAUAACACCCCAUGAAGUUUCAAGCGGUCAAUUACGCAGGGAUUUACUUUUGAGAUUGCAUUAAGGACAGCAUCAUGUAACCUUUUACAUGAUUCGAGAUAAUUAUGUUGAAUCUUUAUCCAACUAAUUUGCGAAGUUUUCAUAUAGACUGGUUGCGUCUACUUUCUGUUUAAAAUGCGGACAAGAGAACAGCUAUUGCGCGCGGUAGGAAAAUUAUUCAAAGAAGUCUGCCGGCAGCUUAAUUUUUCAUUUAAAAGUUUUCUCUCAAAGAAUCCCGGUGGGCGAAAAUCUUGGCACCUUUUGAUAACGGUUUUAAUGAGCAUUAUAAUUCCUUUGUUUUUUCAUCGCUGUUUUCUUUGUAAUAGAAAUCAUGGUGGGUGGCUUUCAAUUGUCUCUUACAUCCUCUUGAUCUCGGUGUACCACAUUUGUUUGAGCAUUGUGGAGAUAAAUUAUCUUGAUUACAACUGUUACUGAAUCCGUCAAGAAUGUACAGUUUUAUUGGUGCCAUAAAGUUUGCUUCAAGAGACUUUUUUUACGACAUUGUUCAAACGGCAAUCGUACUUGUUUUAAAUAUACUUGUAUAAACACUUGUAUGACUUUUAUAUAACUCAACUCAAGCACGGACACUCUGAGGUCGUUUUUUCCUAAGUUAUCCUGUAGAAAUGAUAAACGUGACAUCUAAGAACAAUUUUCCUUACUCUUCUCUUUUUCUUGUUCAAAAGGACAAUGUUCAGCUUCCUUAGUGGUAUUUACAUAUACGUGAUCGCCUGGGGCCUUUUCGGACAAGACAAUAGCGAUACUCUGGGACCCCAGAGCCUUCCAGAUUUUGUGGUAAGCGUAGCUUCGAAAAUAAUUCUAUGCUACGAUAUGCUUUGACAAACAGGCGGAAGCUCAAUACAAUGAAAUUUUUAAAAAAAACGCAAUUAAAAAACGGAUCGGAGAAAUUUGGUUUUCUCUUGCUGCACUGCCUGACAGCCUUUCAGCCUCCUUCCACACAUCUCUGCUGGCAUCAAAAACCUUCUUUUUAUGUCCUUAACCUUUCAACUUUCAAGAUCUGAUUGUCAAUUCUCUCUUGGAGCUGCUUUGCAUUUCCUUGUAAAUUAAUUUUGAGAAUUUAGUGUUAGAUCAAGAUAAAAACUUCUCCCUGAUAAGUAUGAGUAUUCUCAUCAGCUGUUGGCUGGAUAACGUAUGUUUACAACAGGGAGAGGUUACAAGUUAAUCAUUUCUGGGAGUUAAAGGGUUAAGAUGCUAGUUGAUUAAUUUUUUUCUAAACAGCACCUCUCGUGGAUUGUUACUGGAACAGGACUCUUCUUUGCAGCCAUCUUCCACAUUGGUACAAAGGAACCUCAAAAAUGUCAGAAUAAAGAAAGCGCCACAACGGAUUGUACGGUAAGACAGGAAGAAAAAAAGAUACUUCCUUUUCUUUUCAGAUAUAGGUCAUACAAAAGCUUAUUUUUGCGUUCGGAAAGCAGACAACACUAUGGAGCUAAAAGCGGCGCGCUUGCGCGACUGUUUCUUCGUUCUUCAUUUGAUUUAUCUUAAAGAGGUCUAUUAAUCUGAACGGGUCUUGAAGUUACAUAGCAUGACCAGAGGGAUAGAGGUAUGGUCUACACAUUAUCUAAAGCAACUUUCAAUUCACUCUGGCCACUUUCCCGUUAUUUUGCAGAAAGCUUCUGAAAAAUUCAUUGAAGAGUUUGUACCCGAAAAUGCAAGUAAGUCUACGGAGAUGUACUGUGGUGUAUUAUCUUAAAACCGUCGUUUGUUCUGUUAAAUUGCAGAUGUAACGUCCUCUCCGACAUCAAACUAAACUACAUAUAUGAAAAACGUUACUCGUCUUCAUAUUAAGGGGGAAAGGUCUUAUUUAUGCAUGGAGCUUCUUAAUAUCUAGUGUAUUGUUGCCUCGGUAAUUUUGAGAAUCUAUUGGCCAUGACUGUGUGCAGGCAUGCCACAAGUUUGAUACAGGUGGUCCAGUCUGUAGACAGCACCAAUUUUACUUGAAAUGUUUAGACAACCUCCUCUUUAAAGCAAAAUAUCUAGUUCAGAAGCGCAUGUCGACUGGAGAUUAAGAUUAGUGGUAACAGUUAGGAUAUCCAAACCUGAAACUCCAGUUAUUUCCAGACUGAAUUCCGCCAAGAGGCUAAAUGUCGACUACAUUAGUAGCUCGAGUUUUACUUCGAAGAAACAGCUAAGUAGAUGGUGAGGAUAAGGCAAGGAAUUUCAUCCGUCAACCUAGCCUUCUAAGGAUCGUCUUUUUGGACAACUUUAUUAUAACUUUUUUUCCAGCGCAGCGCAAAACCUUUAGCUUAGCUUGGGUUACUCAGAUUUUUCACUUACAAGUUCCAACGGGAAAAGAAGUAUAACAAAAAAAAACCAGAAGAAGUCCAGAUAUCCCGUGUUAUAAAAAUAUUAUUGAGAUCAUUUUGAGGGAAUAAAUAUUAAUAGUUGAUCCGACAAAGAGUUAAGACAUGUUCCUAAAGGUGACAUGAUUUAGUUCUAUCGUUGAGCCCUGAGACAGAAAAAACAGACGUUCGUUAAUUGCUUGUUUUGUUUGUUUUUGCUCAAGAUUCUAGACGGACCAGUCUGGCUUUUAAGUUUACUAACAUGGUUAUGGCUUCAACUGAAUAUGAAGAACAUCAAAAUGAGAUGGACGGAAAUGGAGAAACCAAAAGCCAUGAAUUGCGUGUCAGAAAACGAAGUCUUCUGCAGAAGUUUGCUGUUGCUAUGUUUGCCGACGGGAAAACUGAUCUAGAAGUACAGCAUUUUGAUAGUGAACGCAAGAAGAGUCUACGAACGCUUGAUUUUGACGACAUCCUGUUGAGACUACAACACGAAGAGCACGAACAACCAGCAUGUUUUGGUGCCAUGGAAAAUCCAGUUACAAUGGACGGUAUAGCCGAUGAUCAUUCAACCGAUGAAGAGUCGUGGAACGCCAGGCAAGAAGAGAUCAAAAACACUACUGAAAAAGGUAUGUGGAAAAUGACCAUCAGCGCGGCCCCCAAGACAUCUUUUUGUAUCGUACUUAAGCAAAGAAAACAUGGAAUGGUGCUUUUUCCGGAUGAUGGUAAAUUUGGGCUCUCUAACUCUGGAUUUGAAGAUGAUGGAGGUGCUGAUGAUAAGGAGGAAAGCCUUUGCAGUACAUCAGUUAGGAAGCAAAGAAAGUCUAGGACUUUCGAUCCUUCUGGAUUUCUGGAAAUGCCGUCAAUGAAUGGAACAGAACGACAGGAAUUAAAUCUCGAUCACACGCCUGACAACAAAACGAGUCUGGAUGAAAGUAUGCAAGAUUUUCCAAAACAACCCGUCAGAAAAAUCGAAAGAAUAGAAGGUUGCGAUGGCACUAAUAAUUCGUUAACUUCAGCGGAUAAAACUGAUCUUCUUGGUCUCCCUGUUCAAUCGACAAGUUCUCUAUCUGAGGGAAGACGUCCAAGAGGAAUCAAAAACUGGCUAAAAGAUCCAAAAGUGUACAUGGUAAACCCUUGUGUUUCCAACUAUCCUUGUAUGUUGAUUUAGUUGACUUUCUUUGAUGUUUUUCUCGUGUUUUAAUUUUCAGGUAGCCAUUAUCUUUACAUGUACACGCCUUGCGCAGGACUCUGUACACAGUUAUUUACCGCUCUUCCUCACAGAGAGAUUAUCAUUCCCCAAGGUAUAGUUCAAUCUGAAGUGCUCAGUUGUUUUCAAACUUAUUAAUAAUUAUAAUAAUAUCAUCGUAUUUUUUUCCUGAAUCAGGCAGCUACCGCUUAUUUCCCACUCGUCCUCCUAACCAGUAGCUCUUUAGCAAGUUCAACGUGUAAGAAACUGAAAAGAAAAAUUGGAAGUAAGGUAAGACCUAGAUUAUCAGCUUCUUCUAGCUGGUCAUUCUACGUUUGUGAUAGUGGAAAUGCAUUGAUUGCGCCAAACGUCGGCUUAUCUACUAGUUGAUGAUGAGUGGCUGAGAGGGGCAAUAAGUCAACGAUCAUCUUAAUGGCUUUAAUUAACUUUACUCGACAAAUGAACCAUCUUUCCUCAAGUUUCAAGUUUUACUCAAAGGAUUCUCAGAUCUUUUUUUAUGUCUUGCUUGUUACAGAACCAAGAAAAACUUUAUUUGUUAACUUAGUCUUAGUAACUUUCAUACUUUCAUUGAUAUGCACAUCAUAGUGGAGCUACCUUCUGGCAAGUUUAUUAGUGAUGGGUGGCGCUGUUUGGAGCUAUUUUCAAACCUUCUCCAUCAGACAAUCAACUUAUGCACCAGUGGUUAUGAUAGGAAGUGGUGUGUCCAUAAUGUACGUCAUGGCACUGGUCUUCAUCACCGAGCUGAUCGGGGAAAAUAGGGUUAGUGUUUUGAAACGAGUUUUAAUGGUCUCGAGGAGAGACGCAAAAUCUGCUCAGUUCAGUUACAGUGCAUUUUCAACCAGCCAUUUUUGAAAUUGAAAUGACAUGAAAGUUGUUUUGAAUGUCGCAAAACAAAAUCCAAACUCAUCCCAACUCUUUGUCAGAACGAAAUAAAAUCUUUCAAGUAGCUACUGAGAAUUUCAAGUAAAUACAGUUAGAUCGCCUGAAGUUUGGGAAAUUUCGAUUUACAUCUGAUCAGUUGAGAGAUUGUCGCGAGUUUUCAAGGCCAAUCACAGAGGGUACUGAAAAAGAACCGUUUCCGUCGCGGACUAGUUCUGAAACUUGAUUAUACCAUGAUUAGUAUGCAUAUUUUCCAUAGUGCUCUCUAUAAAUUUACCAUGAUACUAAUAGGGAUAAUUAUUCGAACAAUCAAGACCUUUAUUUUGAUUGGCGAUCAUUUACCUUUUUCUCUCUUGUCGUAAAUGUUUGAUUCAGUAGUGACACUGGGAGGAGAAAUUAAAGACCUGUUGGUCUUAGGCCUGGGGGUAAAGAGUUAAAAAUUACGUAAAUGUUAGUACUAAUGUUGGUUUCCCAUCUGAGAUCAAUUAGUUAAUACGGUGAUUUCCUGUCAGGAAACCAGUGGAUCAGUGUUUUCCAUUAUCACUGUAAUCGCCAGAAUCUCAAAGGGUGCACUUAUCAUUGGUAUACAGGAAUUUUAUCCAGAAGAAAGGUUAGUCUAUCAAAUCUUUAUUGUAAUUUACCCUAGAAAGAACAAGAAACAUGGUAUUUAAAACGUUUAGAUGACCGGCCGAUUUGUUAAAACUCGAAAAGUAUAUUCAACAUGUUUGUCUUCACCAGCUUGACAAGGCCACCGUUGACAAUUUGAAACUUCAAUGACGGUUUUAAAAUUACGCACGAUUUAGUAAACCCCUCAAUUCCUUUAUUCAAUUUAGAACCAGCUCAAAUGAGGCGGUUAGCAACUACGUACGGCAUGUGUUUGUAAUGGCGCCUGGAGUAUUAACGCUGGUGGGAUUCUUGCUGGUUUUGUUUUUCCAACCAUCUAACUUUAUCUGCAAAAGUAAAGGUAAGUUCAUUGUCAAGCUGUUAGACGUCUAUAACUUGGGUAACGUAAUGAGAAUAACUACAAAUACUCUGAAUUACCCCCUGACGCAAUGGAGUCAAGCGUUCUUUUGUUUAAACUAGUAAUCUUACCAAAUAACACAAGCCUGUUUAAAUGCAUUUACUUCGUGAUAGUUUUGUAUCUAUGUAGUACUGCUAUCCAUGCUAAGUUAAUAAGACGGUUUUAAACUUAGAGCUUCAUGUUUGUUAGUCAGUAUUACACGUGGUUGUCUUUGUUGUCAACGAAAACGUCUGUCAAUUUGUACUUUCAGUUUCAGAAGAUGUUGAGGCUCUACACGGCCAAUCGUCGUUUGAUGUUCAAGUUAACCAAUGUACAUCGGGAGUCAAAGCAACGUCAGGCCACAGCUUGGAUGAUAGUCACAAUACCUCCAUCGUGGUUGUGGAUUCUUGUUCUGAGGACUCUAAACUUUGAAUUCUUUGAAAAUUGCAUUAUGUGUAGACGCUCUGUCGACCUACUUAAAGGUCAUUGCACAGAAACGCCCACGAUUUCGGCCUAUACAACCCAUAACUGUUUUAUUUUUAACGAUCAAGUUAAAAUCAAAGAGAUUGUAAAGUUCAUUUCCAUCUGUUGUUCUUUAGAUUUUAGGAAAAACUCUUUCACAUGAAAAGUUUUGGAAUCGUAGAAUUCCGUAAAAUAAAAGGAGACAAGUCGUAAUAACUUCUCGCACCGAGAUGAACAGGAGUCCACAUUUCCUAAAUUUUUUGAUGAAUAGUGAUCUUGUCUGUUUAAAGAUAAUAAUAGUGUAGUAUCUUAGUUGAAAAUGAGUCUAUCUACUUUCAAAAUUUUUUAGAUUUUCUUCUUUUCUAUUGAUAGCUCAAUGUUUGCUCGGAAAACUGUUCACAUCUCGAAACAAAUAAUGUGAACCGUUUAGAUCAAUCGCGGACAAGCAAAAGUUUUCAUACAUUAUAGCUAAGUGUAUUUCGACAUUCUUGGUUUUGAAGAACUGCUAUGAUCAUGUUCACAGUCUUAAUUACAUAACACUCGAAGGGUUAACACUCGAAACGUCAGCUUUGAAACUCUGUAAGGUGGCC